GCGACAAACUGCGACUGCCUAUGGGCGAUGGGUCUGUGCGCCAGGAGCCCGCAGUGCGGGCUCUCUAUCGCGUAGUAAGCGCGGGAGUCGUGCCCCGUUCAGAAAGCAGCGGAAGGCUGAACCCGGGUCAGUGGAUUAAGAGAGCGAGCAUGACGUUGCAGCAGCAGAGGAGGCUGGAAAAUUGUUGGACUGAGACAAAGCUGGAGAGUCCGGUCUUAGAUGGGCUGAGACAAUUUUGUGGUUAAGAAGAAACUGGGAGUUUCUCCUUGACCAUUGAGCAACUAUUUUCUUGGCAGGCUCCUUGUCCUGGUUGCUUGUGAGAGCUUCUUUGUAGGCUGUGAUGUAGCUGAAAGUUCCAAUUAACCUUGAAAGAAGCUUUGUGCACCAUGCAUUACAACAUCCUAACUAGAAUAUGAUUCAACUGAGAUAAAACCAGACAUAGCUCUGCAUGUUGGGAUAACCAAGAAUAGAUUCAGCAUUGUGGCCUUCACUGAAAAGAAUCCGUUCCUUCUCAAAGUAGUAAAGGAGCUACCAGGGAGCUAUGUCUGAAGAGGCUGAAAAAAUGGAAAAACGGCCCCCCGACCCUCCACCAGACCCACGCUGGAAGUUCCUUGUUGCCUACCUCUGUUUCUAUGGCUUCAUGAGCCAGAUCAGACCUGGAGAGAGCUUCAUCACACCCUACCUGCUGGGAACUGAGAAGAAUUUCACAAAGGAAGAGGUAACCAAUGAAAUCACACCUGUCCUGGCUUACUCUUACAUGGCAGUAUUGGUGCCCAUCUUUCUACUCACAGACUAUUUGCGGUACAAGCCAAUGCUGGUGCUGCAGAGCUUGAGCCACAUUGCCAUCUGGCUGCUGCUGAUCUUUGGUACCAGCAUCAUUGCCAUGCAGUUCAUGGAGUUCUUCUAUGGCAUCACGAUGGCUACGCGAAUAGCCUACUCCUCCUAUAUCUUCACCCUGGUCACCCCUUCGCGCUACCAGCGCAUGGCCAGUUAUUCCCGCUCUUCGGUGCUGAUGGGCGUCUUCACCAGUUCGGUGCUGGGACAACUCUGCGUCACAGCUGGAGGCACCCCCUUCAUGACGCUGAAUUAUAUCUCGCUGGGCUUCAUGUGCUUUGGGCUGGUCUUGACCCUCUUCCUGAAGCGUCCAAAACGCAGCCUCUUCUUCAACAGGAGCAAGACCAGGUGUAAUGGUCCCUCAUCCUCAGAGCUGGACAAAAUGAACCCUGGGGCAGGGGAGCCCAUGUGGCAUAAGGCCUCUUCCUGGAAAAAUCUGAUCUUAUUCUGGAUGGUAAAGGAGUUGAGGACUAUUAUACAAAUGCCGCAGCUGAGACUUUGGUCCCUCUGGUGGAUAUUCAAUUCUGCUGGCUAUUAUCUGAUGCUUUAUUAUGUGCAUAUUUUAUGGAAUGAAAUAUGCCGUACCACGGACAACAGAAAGGUCUACAAUGGUGGAGUGGAAGCUGUUUCUACCCUGCUUGGUGCCAUCACUGCUUUUGCUGCUGGCUUUGUGAAGAUCCGAUGGGCCUUCUGGUCAAAACUGGUGAUUGGGGUUGUGACAGCAGUCCAGGCGGGCCUACUUUUGUUGAUGAACACAACCACCAACAUUUGGCUCUGCUACGUGGCCUACAUCCUUUUCAGGGGCUCCUACCAGUUUCUUGUGCCUAUAGCCAUUUUCCAGAUUGCAUCUUCGCUGUCUAAAGAACUCUGUGCUCUGGUGUUUGGGGUCAAUACUUUCCUUGCCACAGUUCUCAAGACCAUAAUCACUAUCAUCAUAACUGAUAAGAGAGGUCUGGCUCUCUCAGUCCACCCUCAGUUCUAUGUCUACUUUGGCUACUUCACCGUUCUGGCUGGGGUAUAUCUGUUGUCGUUUGUGUAUGUGACUGCAAGGCACAAUGCAUGCAAGACACCCCAAGAGGCCACACCAGCCAAGGAACUCUGCAGCCCAGCUGAGGAGAACCUGGUCAAGGAAAGCAGCCCAGAACUAGCUAGCUCCAAAGCUUGAGAACUACCACAGCCUGUGCACAUAUAUGGAGACGGAUUUGCCUGCAGUGUCCCACGUGAGGUGAGGCCGGUGCCGCUUGAAUGGCAAUCAGCACUUCUCAAAGUCAGUGCAUCCCUGUUCUCACAAUAUCAGAUCUCUGCAGAAGCCCAGAGGAAAAAGAGCUUGCUUGAUUUAAGACACAACCUGUGUGCAGGUAACAUUUCUGGCAGCUGCAGUUCUCCCUCUUUCUCCUGCAGGCCCCUUCUUCUCGAGCCAACUUGUACCGAAGCAACAUUUGCCAAUGUUAUAACUGGGCACCUGGUUAUACGAUUGUAUGAAUUUGCUUUUAAACAUUUGUGUUCCUAGUCCUAUCAUGUAAACUUGCCAAUAGACAGGGCAAGCUAGGCUAAGGCACUUUUAAUGUUGAUGCUGGUAAAUAUACUGUGAUGUGACUCUUAUUAACUCAAGACACAUUUCUGAUUUCCCCUUUUAAGAAAACAGAGAUCCUUUUCACACUUGACUCCUGGUAAUUCUAAUCCCAGAAAGCAUGCUGUAAACAGUGAAACUACCAGGCAAAAAAACAUAUGCCCUCAAACUCAUGAGGAGGACCGACUGGCAGACAUAGGACUAAAGUGAGCUUGACAAUCCAGUCUCCUUCAUUAGAAGCCAAGAGCUUGCAUUUUGAUUAAUGCUCGUGCUCCUCUCCCACAAAGACCAAGCACUUCUUUUCAAGCCAUUUUUUAUGGGGCUGACUCACAUGAUCCCUACAGGAGCCCACUGGGAGAAGCAGGAUUUGAAAGGAAAGUAGGUCAGAACUUAAGCAGAGAAUCUUUAAGCAGCAACCUGUAUGCAUCACUAAGCUUGUCCAUUAGGUGUGCAUGCAGUUUUAUUUACAGUGAGUAUAUUUUUAAAAAGAUAUAGCAAGUCUUGUGGCUUGGGAGUCAUACCUCUCGACACGGAAGCCCUGGGUCCUCCCCAGAUUCUGGUAAUUCAGGGGUGCUUCACAGAUACCCAGAAGGAUCUGUUACUACUUCAUAUGCUCCAGGACAAGCCCAGGCUAGGCUACGCUUCCAGUAAAGACCCGCAAAGUGCAGCCAGCAUUAGAGGAGGAUACUUUCCUUUAUUCAGUGCCUUUAGAAAACAGUUUAUAAUACACAACACGCAACUGACAAAGAUAUAGAGAUCCACAGGCUUUUAAAACUGCAUUAAAAUUUCACAAAAUACAGUAGACAGUAAGAAAACUGACUGUAUGACUUGCACAAAUUUUCCCCACCGCAGUAAUAACAUUUUAUUAGGACAGUAAAAACAAAGCUAGGUAGGAAUUUAGCACCUUGGUUUUUAAAAACCAGCUCGAAUGGGUAUGGAGCAAGCAUCAACCGGGCCAAGGUUUCGGGCACCAAGAUGCAAGACAGGUGAUGUAGGUCAGACACUCCAUAGCAGUUAAGCCUACAUGCAGAGGAAGGGUCCCAAGCUGCUUUGCUGUGACUCGCCCUUAGGAUGGCUUUUAAAAAGGCUCCGGAGUCAGGAAUCCAAGCAGUGCUUUUAUAGGGGAGCAAAGCAUUGAGACACAACACCAGUGGGUACUCCAGUGGCCUCCACCCCUUGAAAUAUCCUUGUGCUUUAAUGCUUUGGAAUGCAUAGGCAUGGUUCCUGCCCCAAUAUCAGGAGCAGGGGAAGAUACAAUUAUUGACUGGAUGGGUGGGUGGGUCUCUCUCAACUUUGGUUUGUAAAAAGUGGCUAACAGCAUUUAACCCAAUGUUCGUUAGCACAGGGGUUUUGUCAGGAUUUGAAUGAACCUGAUCUGAUGUGUUGAAGGCAGCUCCGUGUGGCUGCCUUUGGCUUUCUUGUCACUCUACUGUUACCUGGCAGCUGCUUUCUAAAGCCAGGGACUGUUCAUGUUAUGUGCUCCCUGGUAUUUUGUAACUGAGGUUUGAACUUGGGAUGGUCUGCAUGGAGCAAGCUCUCCCUCCAAGCGGUGGCUGCUCUCAGCAGGGCAAGGGGAGAGGUGGCAGGGCUCUGAUAAGUAAAGUGAGCUCUGGAGGUCCCCAGGUUUUGCUGUAACCCAGUUUCUGUGGCAAAUGCCAGGCAGACGUAAAGAAUGGCAACUUCCCUGCAAAGCAGAGAAGAAAAAUCUUUU